CGUGUGUCUAUGUGUGUCUGUGUGUGUCUGUGUGUGUCUGUGUGUGUCUAAGACUGGGCGCGCACGCGUGUGGUUGUGCACGCGCGGGGCCCCGGAGAUCACCGCAGACCUCGAGAAGGAGGAGUUAUGUAGAUUACGGGUGAACAUUCUGGAGGGGAGCGGAGAGGAGGGAAGGAGCAGCUGAGGCAGUGAGCUGGGAGCGGCAGGGGCCCUUCCUGCAGAAACUGGGGGCACCCGCGGCGUAGGAGGUGGAGGAGGCGGAGGACGCACGGGCUGGAGGCGGCGGCUGCGACUCGGCGGCUCUGGGAGUCAGAACCGCGGGUGAACUUGGGCGCCACGUUCUGGGGCGACGGCAGGGUGAGGAUGGUGAACACUCGCCGCCGCUGACCCUGCCUUUCAUCCGCUCCUCCUGGCUUGCUCAGCCAGUCGCUGAUCUCCUCCACUGGAGGGGUGGGUGAACCUGCGAGCUUACAGCCCACCCGAGGACUUUUUUUGAAAGGAAACGAGGGAGUGUGCUUUGGGAAAGAGGGAGAAAACACAGGGGAGCUCUUCCAUCCUUUGAGGCACAGUUCACUAUGAUCUUACUCGCAUUCAGCACUGGAAGAAGGUUGGAUUUCGUGCAUCGUUCAGGGGUGUUUUUCUUGCAAACCUUGCUUUGGAUUUUAUGUGCUACGGUCUGCGGAACGGAGCAGUAUUUCAAUGUGGAGGUUUGGUUACAAAAAUACGGCUACCUUCCACCGACUGAUUCCAGAAUGUCAGUGCUACGUUCUGCAGAGACUAUGCAAUCGGCCCUAGCUGCCAUGCAGCAGUUCUAUGGCAUUAACAUGACAGGAAAAGUGGACAGGAACACAAUUGACUGGAUGAAGAAGCCUCGAUGUGGUGUACCAGACCAGACAAGAGGCAGCUCCAAAUUCAACAUUCGUCGAAAACGCUACGCACUAACUGGACAGAAGUGGCAACACAAGCAUAUCACUUACAGUAUAAAGAACGUAACUCCAAAAGUUGGAGACCCUGAGACCAGGAGAGCAAUUCGCCGUGCCUUUGAUGUGUGGCAGAAUGUAACUCCGCUAACAUUUGAAGAAGUUCCCUACAGUGAACUAGAAAAUGGCAAACGUGAUGUGGAUAUAACCAUCAUUUUUGCAUCUGGUUUUCAUGGAGACAGUUCCCCUUUUGAUGGGGAGGGAGGAUUUUUGGCACAUGCCUAUUUCCCUGGACCAGGAAUUGGAGGAGACACUCAUUUUGAUUCUGAUGAACCUUGGACACUGGGAAAUCCCAAUCAUGAUGGAAAUGACUUAUUCCUUGUAGCAGUUCAUGAGCUGGGGCAUGCUCUAGGACUGGAGCAUUCCAAUGACCCCACUGCUAUCAUGGCACCAUUUUACCAGUACAUGGAAACAGACAACUUCAAGCUUCCUAAUGAUGAUUUGCAGGGCAUCCAGAAAAUAUAUGGUCCACCUGACAAGAUCCCUCCACCCACAAGACCUCUACCGACAGUGCCCCCUCACCGAUCUGUUCCUCCUGCUGACCCAAAGAAAAAUGACAGGCCAAAACCUCCCCGGCCUCCCACUGGCAGACCUUCCUAUCCUGGAGCCAAACCCAACAUCUGUGAUGGGAACUUCAACACUCUAGCUAUUCUUCGGCGGGAGAUGUUUGUUUUUAAGGACCAGUGGUUUUGGAGAGUGAGAAACAACAGGGUGAUGGAUGGAUACCCCAUGCAAAUUACUUACUUCUGGCGGGGCUUGCCUCCCAGUAUUGAUGCAGUUUAUGAAAACAGUGAUGGAAAUUUUGUCUUUUUUAAAGGUAACAAAUACUGGGUGUUCAAGGACACAACUCUUCAACCAGGUUACCCUCAUGACUUGAUUACCCUUGGGAAUGGAAUUCCCCCCCACGGUAUUGAUUCUGCCAUUUGGUGGGAAGAUGUUGGCAAAACGUAUUUCUUCAAAGGUGACAGAUAUUGGAGAUACAGUGAAGAAAUGAAAACCAUGGAUCCUGGCUAUCCCAAGCCCAUCACCAUCUGGAAGGGGAUUCCUGAAUCACCUCAGGGAGCUUUCGUCCACAAAGAAAAUGGAUUUACCUAUUUCUACAAAGGAAAGGAGUAUUGGAAAUUCAACAACCAAAUACUAAAAGUAGAACCUGGGUAUCCGAGAUCCAUCCUCAAGGAUUUUAUGGGCUGUGAUGGACCAACAGACCGAGAUAAAGAAGGACUCAGCCCACCAGAUGAUGUAGACAUUGUCAUCAAAUUGGACAACACAGCCAGCACUGUGAAAGCCAUAGCUAUUGUCAUUCCCUGCAUCUUGGCCUUAUGCCUCCUUGUAUUGGUUUACACUGUGUUCCAGUUCAAGAGGAAAGGAACACCCCGCCACAUACUGUACUGUAAACGCUCUAUGCAAGAGUGGGUGUGAUGUAGGGAUUUCUUUUUCCUUUCUUUUCCAGGAGUUUGUGGUAACUUGAGAUUCAAGACAAGAGCUGUUAUGCUGUUUCCUAGCUAGGAGCAGGCUUGUGGCAGCCUGAUUCGGGGCUGACCUUCCAAACCUAGAGAGUUGCUGGUCCUGCACAUGAGUGGAAAUACAUUCAUGGAGAAGCUUCCAUGAUGCACAGUACCUGCUGUUCUUCAGUCCUCUGUCUUUCUUUGUCAUUCAGUUGUAGGCCUUUCCUCUGCACGCGCAAUGCCCAGUCAAAUUUCAGGAUUAACUGAAGAAGAGGAAAUACAGAAGAAAAGUUUCUUCUGAAUUUUUUAAAAAUACUUUUCCUUCUGAAAUCUGAGCCCAUUUCUGGGAGAAAGAGAGAGACAGAAAGAGAGAGAGAAAGAGUAAGCAAAAAGAGCAAAUCAGAAAACCCCAUAGGUUUUUGCUUUAAAGCAAAAGGAGAAAGAGUUUUAAAAAAAACAACAAAAAUCCACAAUUGAACUUUCAGGAAAGUGUGAAGACCCAAAACAGCUUUGUCUCCAAAGAAGAUAGCUCUGUGACCACUAUGGAUAGUCUCCUGCACAUCGUUUUUUCAGGUGGGAGAUCUGGAAGAGACAUGCAGGACUCUAGACUGUUGGGACAGCCAUUUUCCAACAAACAAGGGGCCAAAAUAUCUGCAAUAUAGUAACAGCCUUAAUAAUACAUGCAUUUUUCGUUUUCUACAGAUGUUCUCAGCUAUGUCCACAACGUUUCAUCACCUUCAUACUCAUAGGUGUUUUCAAACAGGACCUUUUGAUUGUUUUGAAGUGUUUCCAAACCCCCUCUUGACUCCUGACCUAACAUCAUUGUGAUGCUCUCCCAGUUGUGUUAGGCCUUUGUCCCAGGCCUUCUGUUGGUCUGUCAGCAAUACUCAGCAGAAAGCAGAGCAAGAAGCAGUGUGUCUCUGAACUACUGAAGUGAUGGUCAUUUUAUAAAAGACAUGUGACUCUGUUCGUACAUCAGUGUAACCCUUUGAGAACUAUAAGACCAGGCUACAGAGUCAGGGUGAUCAGUCAUGCGGUCUGGUCAUUGGUAGAGCUGGCCAACAGUGGAAGCCAUCACAGAUUUAACAAGUUCAGAUUUGUAAAGCAUAUCUUAAAUCCCAUGUAAUUAUUUUAUGACUGACAGCAACCUAUAAAUGCUUUUAUAAUAAACAACAAUGAUGUGACUUGCCAAAAUUUUUCUGGCAAAUAAAAAAAGAUAUUUUGCUAACAGUAUCUUAUGAGAGUGAAAUUUUAUUUGAAUAAUUGGUUAGAAUAUCCUGUCUUUUCUUCUUCCGACAUAUUGAAUUUUUUUAAUUUAAAAUCCAUUGCAUGAAAAUUCAAUUUGCCAUAAAAUAUGCAGUUAGCAUUGUGGGGUUAAAAAGAAUUAAAACACUGACUCUGAGUUUGCAUGAAUAUCUUUCAAUGCAUUACCAAUUGCAUGUCAGCCAUAGUUCUCAAAGGGUUGGUGUGGCUUCUGGCAUUUAGCCAUCCAUUUGAUCACUGACAGAGCCAAGAGACACCAAAGCAUUCCAUUGUUGAGUGUAAUUUGUCCUAACAGCAGUAUUGUCAUUUUCAUGUGACCUGCAGAGCAGGUUUGUAUCAAUAUUUUUUUCCUAGAGAAAAGUCAGCAACUGACAGACCUCUAUUGAUUUUAGGAGCUGCUUCUUGCAGUGAAAUGCUUUACAGCCACUGGGCUGUGAACUUAUUAGAGAUGGUCAGAAGGAAAGCACCCCAUGAGUCAGACAAUUGGCUUUGUGUGGAAGCCAGCUUUUGAGGGGAUUAGCUUUUGAAACAAUGAACAGCUUGCCUUGAACUUGAUAUUGAUCUGUUGACUGUCAUUAACAGCAACUUAAACAUUGUCUUCUGUGAAAAUUUUCCCUGAAGAGUCCUAUUCUGUGUCUUUGCCCUUUGACCUUUAACUUGCAAACUGGCACAAACUGAAGGAAAUCUGGUGUCAUUUCUCCAUUGGAUUGCUAUUCUCUAAAGCCUAGUAAGCAAGGGCUGUUUCCUUAGAGUGGAGAGAGUUUGGGUAUUGGAACCGGAGGUGGAUGCCUUGCCCUCUACAUGCACACUCUGAAUAUGCCCUGUAGGUAGAGGUAGUUUUUAUUUUUUUCUUUAAUUUCAAACUUAAUUUCAUCAUUUUAGUAAAAAUUACAAAAAACAUAGGAAAAAAAAACCUCAAAUACUUGAAUGGCCAGUGUGGCUUUUAUAUGAAGCAGGAAUUUUAUACUAGUGAAAAUUUCUUACUCAUUUGCUAAUAAUACACAUUUCCAGAUGAUUUUUAAUGAGUGUAGGUAUACAUUCUUAUUUGGAAAUGUAUAGUUUGGCUGCCUUGAAUUUAUAUUUAUACUCAACAUAGCAUGAAAGUUAGAAUGCCUUUUGGUUAAACUACAUGUUUAUGAUUUGGUUGGGGAAAACAUUUUCUAAUCAUGGGUGGCAUGCUGAAAAGCCUUGCAAGCUGGUGUUUCGUACAAUCUGAGCAUAUAUCAUGUAAGGCUAAGAUAAAAAGAACAGUUAAGAAAGAGGAAUGGCUUUGUAGCACCACAUUAUGAAUUGCAGAUUAUACUUAACGGGACAUCAAAGAUUUGGAAUGGGAGGGUCAGUAAGAAAGGGGAGGGCAAGGAUCAGCCCUGUACCUCUACUUCAAAACUUCCUUUCUAGAUGAUGCUAAUAGUAUAGUUAGUUCCUACAGAGCAUGGAGGACUGUAUGCAUAAGCCUGUUUAUACAGUGUUUGCUUGUUAGAGGGUUAAUUCUUUCAGGACCUUGAUGUCAAGAAAAAAUGACUGGAAACGUUUCUCUAAUGAUAGAAAUGAGGAACUGUAACAUUUUAGGACAUGUGUAAAUCAUUGAGAAACUCCAUCAACGUACAAUGAACACUUUUCUGUCUAAAAUCAAAAAGAAAUCAAAUAAGCAAUCUAUUGCCUCUUUACUCAUUCAUCACAGUACCUUGAUUCGUCAUGAGACUGUAAGUACCUAAGGGCUAGAUAAUAAUUAUAGCAUUGAAAAGGAAUCUUCUUAAUGCUUGAAUUAUGGCAAGCAUCAUGGAUAUGAUUUGUAUUGUGUUGCCUUGAAUGUGAGAAGUCUAUGUACUUCAAGAAAAGGCUUAUAUGUCUACUACCUUGACUAGGACACUUAUAAGAUCAUAAGUGGUAAGAGCUACAUACAAUGUAAUAAAAACCACUGGGGUACCUUUGUUCAUUGUAUGCCAGGCAUUUCAUUCAUAUGGUUCCUGAUUCUUCUUACAUUUGGGAUUUUUAAUAGUGAAAAGAAAAAAAAUGUGACAAUGCUAAAGAAAGUAUGAGAAUGAUUUAUUAAUCUGUCAUAUGAAAAUAGCAAUUAAAAAUUAAAAAAUAAGUUCUCUGGAUGAAGAACAUGUCAGCUCAAUUUCAGUGAAGAUAUGCAACAGAUCAAGUUACUUUCUGUCAUCUCUAAAUGAGUAACAUGAAAGCUUAGACCUACUAUGUCCAAAACAGAAGUGAAAACAUAUUCAUGUUCAUAAAAUAAUUUAUGUUUGACUAUUUUUAUUAAUUUACCAAAUAUUAAAGACAGCUGUCAUCAAGGUGAUGGUUUUACAUAAAAUGAAUUUAUAGUUUACAAUUUCAGAUACAUAUUGUUUCUCUAUCUGUCACUAAUCAGACUAAGUGAAAUAUUAAGAUAGGUGAUCAGUUUGAAUUUUCUAUAACACAGUAGUUCUGCAUCAGUUAUGUAGAGAAAGUUACGACUUUAGGUACCUGCUAAUCCAUCUGAGAAACAAGUUUUCUGCAGAGACCGCGGCCACAGCAGAUAAAGACACAUGUUCACUGACAUGGCAGAGGUUACAGAGCUCAAUUAGACAACAUUAGCAAACUAUAGCAAAUAUAGUUUCUGUUACUAAUCAGAGAGCAAGGCCUUUCUCAAGCAAAUGUAAUAAAUUACUAUGUAAUAAUCACUAAAAGCAAUUACUAAGUAUUAAAAGAACAGAGACAGGUUACUGAAAUAAGAAAAUGUUACCUUUGUUAUUUGAGCUGCCUACAAUCUCUUUUUAUCAACACAUAAUUUGGCUCUCCAAAUACUGUACAUUUUUAUUUCAUUUAUGUGAAUGAUUACAGUGCAAUGUAGUGAAUAAGAACAUUGUCCAGAUUCUACUGCUUGCUUGCUGUCAUAUCUGAAUGGGGGUGUAUAUACUGAAACCUAGGAAGAGUAAUGUAAUAUUCUCAAGUUUUCCAUGUUGGGGUGAUAUCUCUAAUAUGGCAUAAAUUCAGAUUCCUGUUAUGUGAACCUUACAACUGAGUAACUGGUACACCCAUGUUAAUUGAACUCAAUGUGCUAUCUGAAGAAGAAUAGACGUUAUACUUGAAUAGACAUGUUAAACAAUAGUUAUGAAAAUAACCAAUUUUUUAGGUAAUUGGUAUUUAUUUACAGAAACAAAUAAAGGCAGUUAUUUGCUGAUAGUUUUGAGUCUGUGAGAUUGUAGUAUAUAGUGUAAUAAGCCUGGGGAUGGUGAGCAAAUGUUUACAGUAAUCACAUCAAAAUGUUUAAUUUUUGACAUCUUGAGAGCAUAUUCCAAAAUAUCAUAGACACAAUGUACCAUUUAAAUCACAAGUGUGACAUUCAGAUGGCCUACUGCAAAGAACUAUAAAUGCAGUCUUCACUAAUUUAUGUAGCACAGAAGUGUUCAAGCGACUCUUGUGGUAAAAUCCAGUCAUUCCUUCCAAUGGCAUUCACCUCCACAAUACUGAUGAACAACAACCAUAGGUAACACGUGCCAGAGUUUAAUGACAGGUUUCUUGUUGCCUAAAUAAAAACAAAGCUAUGAUGUAAUGUUGUAACAAGCACCUUUGAAAGCCUGAACUUAGUAUAUGAAUGCUACAUUUUAUAAGUAGAAUGGGCAGUGGAGAAGGACAAAACCAGACUUUUGUAAAAUAUAAAGUCAUACUCAAGUCAUUCUCUGUAAUAUUAUAACUGGAAGUUUUCCUUUAUCAAGAACAAAAAAUAAUAGAGAAAAAUGAAACUUCAAGCUCUUCACAACAGUGAUUAGCAUGUUAUUUAAUAUCAAUGUAUAUACUUAGUCAGUGCUCAUUAGAUGACACCCAUGAAAAUGCAUCAAAUACUCAUCCAUUGCCUCAUAGACCCAAAAUGGUAAAAGUAUGCAUUCUGUAACCCCAGUCAGAGAAACGUUAGAACUCUGUGAGAAAAGCCAUUUCUCUAGGAUAGAAAUUUACCUCAGUAAUCAUAUAACACAAAACACUUGGCAUAGUAGCAAAAGUUGCCUUAGUGUUCUAGUCUGAUCUAAUUGUAGACUUUGUCUAUAAUGCACCACUCCCAUCUUUUCUCAUGUCUUUAUAUCAGUCUAAGUUUGAGUUGAUUUUGAAAUAUUUCAGGUCAAAUGAAUAACAUCAAAUUAUCUAUAUCUCCUUCAACAUGUCUACUGAAAUAUAUUUCAAUAGUAUAGAAAGCCUAGAAUGAAUACUGACUUGACAUAGUCACAGAAAUUCAUAGGAAAUAACUUGUGAAUUUUCAUAAUCCCCACCUAUUUUUCUGGUAGGAUCCAGAUGUAGCAGCUUCAGUGUCUGAACAUGGCUAUGAACUGAUGACAGAACAUGACAUACAUCAUUUCUUUAGAAUAAUCAAUUAUUUAUAGUAAGUAGUGAUACAAAACUAUGAGAAGUUUAAUGAUGUAAUGAAGGCUUCACAGGCAUUUGUAGUGAAAUCUGCUUUAAGAAAAUGGGGCAAAAUCAGUACCUCUGAUCAGUACAUCGUAAGCAUAAGAAGCUAUAGAUGGAGGACAUUUAUAUAUGGAUAGAGCUGAGAUUCUAUGCCUUUCAACUAAAAAAGCGAUGUGAUUUGGAUUUUUAUUGUAUUAACAUAAAACUAGAUAUAUUAAUCAGAUGUGUGCCCUAUGUGUCCUUCCAUGAAAGUACACACUGGGCUGUGCAGGAUAACAUGUCCCAAGCUGGAGUGUUGGGCUGAUUCACUUGACAUUGCCAUGUGCUCUGCUACAGAGCUAGAAUUUUAUACCCUUAAGAAGGGAAGAAAUUAUCAAAUAGUAUAACUCUUUCCUAUUAUGUCACUUAGCUUCAGAGUAAGAUAUCACUAACUUUUAUUUCACUGAGAAAAUAGAAAGAAUGGUAAGCAAACAAAACAAAAUUGUAGCUAACAAAGAUAUUUUCUGCAGUUUCUUUCACCUGCUCAUAUUUUUCCAUAUAUGAGUUGUGUAUGAACCUCUUUCUAUCACUUGAUGUGUAGCCAGAUUGGAUUUCAAUCAUAGCAUUUUUAACACAGGCCUUUGAUACUUGCCUCAUAUAUUAUGUAGCUUUGGUGAGGUGUGACAGGAAAGGUUGUUUUUCCCUACGAUAGGUUAUGGUGCUUUCCAUGUUUAUGUGAACGUGUGUUACUAUGUUGGCCUGUCUUACCAGGAUACUGAUGAAUAAAAGCCUUUUGUACACUGUCAUUUGAAGUGACUAGAAUGCAUGUUUGCUGCCAUGCAAUACCAAUUGGAUCUCAUUCCUUAUCUAUAGAACAAUAGCCUACUUGUUACCAUAAAACAUACCUUGAAUGACUGGUUUCUGUAGUAAAAGAAGGGUUAUAUAAUACAAGGGUUAUCGAACAUAUUUUUUUUUCUACUCUGAAAUAACAUCAUCUCAUGUCUUGCUCUUUCUGAAUCCAAUUUCCUAAGUAAAAUUAGGAAUUUAUGCUGGAUAGAUAUUCCUUCUUUUAUAUAUAACACGAAAUCCAUUAUUCCUUUUUCUACUCAUGGAUACACAUUUUCACAGUCAGCCCAACAUGGAUCGUAAUCAAGAGUGAAUGAUCAUCAACAUUUCCCAUGCCUGCCCAUUCUCUGAUCAUUAUUUGAUUCUUCUCGGUCACCAACUUCUCCACCCCAAUUUUUUAAAUCUGAUUUUAUGUCCUUUGUCUUUAUGAAACCAGAAUUUAGCAGCACAUAGGUGGAACCCUGGAAAUGUUUGGCUUUUUUCCUCAGAAUUUUCCAUCGUAAGUUACAUGGAAAACAUAGUCCUUAUCACAACCUAAAUUCUCUUAUUGGCUUAUAUUUGUAUAGAGCUCUUCCCCUGAAAAAAAAAAAGAUAAAUGCUGAGAAUAAUUGCUGUGGUCUAUUGAUAAGACAGAAUGAAAAGUUAUUUUUGGAGAUUAUAUCAAAUAUAAAUAAACAGUACCGUUAAUACCACAAUGUAGUGUUUAAGUCCAUCAAAAGGGAAUUAAUGCCUACAGUCUUGAAUCUUUGGGAUAGUUUCCCUUAGAGGUAAAUUACAUAUAUAAGAAAGAGAUAGAAAAAAGAAUAUUGUAUGUCACAGCAGUGUGUUCUGCUGCAUUAGUUUUGUCUGUAUCAGCAUUGCUAUGGUGGACCUCUAUUUUCAGGGGAUUUAGAGACUUGACCAUUAAAAAUUGCUACAAGCAUAAAAGUCUUUAAAGAUGUUUUUCUUACAUGUAUCUAAUUUCAAUCAAAUAUAUUUUGGCUUUAUAUUAUGGAAAGUAAAUGAAUGGAGUUUAGCAGUUCAAUUUUGUGCUAAUAUAAAAUUCUAAUAAGCUUAAUUUUUAAUAAAAAAUAAAAUAUAAUCAGUUCAUAGUCUAAUUAUUCAAACAAAUUGUUGACAUUAAGAAAUUUGCCUGCUUGAACAGUGUGGUGUAUAUCAUCAAGAUGUUUUAAGACUUUGAUAUGUGUUGUUAUCUUGAUUCCAAUAGUGGAUCAAUAUAGUUGACAGUGAAUAUAGAUAUGUGAUAUCUAUAUAAGCUAUCUGGUAACAUAUAUUUGGGAAUAUAUAGUAUAUGAUAUACAUGUGUGUGUAUAUACAUAUAUAUUCAUUAGACAGAUUAAGAUAAAAACCUCCCAUCAAUUAAUAAAUAAAAACUGUAUAUUUUUUAAUAUUUGCACAUAUAUUUACCUUUCCGAUACCAAAUGAGAUACAAACAAUUGCAGAGGGAAUUUGUCUCCUGGAUAAAAAAUAUCAUUUUAUAUCUUCCUAUGAAAAUCAUCAUUUACUUAUAUAAUGUGGAUAUUAGGAAUUAAAACAUGAAAAGUGAAACAGACCUUAUUAAACAAUAGACUGUGAAGCAGAAAGAAAGGCUAGGAAAUUAGGAUUUGAGAUGGUUGUCUUGUGGUUGUCUGUACCUUAUCAUUUAUUUUAUUCAUUCCAAUAUUUUUAGUUACAGAGUAUGAAGAUAUAACUCUGAGUUCUUUUCAUCUUACAUUGUACUCUAUAUUAUCUUACUAAUGUUAUGAUAACUUGUAUGUUUCCACGUAGAAGGCAUGAAAUGACACAUUUAUUUUCUCAGUGGAUAUUAAGGAUUGAAUGUUAUGAAUUUGAUCGUAAAGAAUUAUAUACAUUUAUUCCAUCUUAAAUUUGGCAUAUAUAUUUUUUCUUAUUGCUUCUACUGACAAACACAAAGCUUGUUUGUGUGCAAAUAAAAGGCUACAUACAUGGUGCUAAAGUGUAUUAUGACUGUCAGAUAUAAUCAGGCAAAAUUUUGUGGUGCUUCCAUUAAUUUUUCAUUGAUUUUAUUGACCAGUGUGUUGAACAGUGUUUAUUCACAGAUUAUCUUUUAUUAGUAAAAUUAAGGCUUCAUAGCACAUUGCUAUUAUCUCCUUGACUCCUUAUAAUGAGGUCUCAUUAAAGGUCAAGGGUCAUGCUAUUAAUCUCAUUCUAUAGAUCAGUAACAUGACUGAACGUUUUCACAAGGUACUUAUGUUUACAAUGCUAUAACCCUUUGACUGCUGUGGCAAUCUUAACCAUACAAAUGUCACAAGCUAGAAUAAUCAGCAUGGUUUGUGCCAUGACAAUCAAAGAGUUAAGGGCUGUGCAGUUAUUUGUUUUGUAUUUAUUAAUUUAUAUUUAUUUCACUUCCAUUCAAGAAGGGUUUUGGGUGGGGCAGUGUUUUGUCUGCUGUAAGUGUCUUAACCUAGGAAAAGGUUAAAUGGCUUUUUAUACUGUUGCAUCUUCUGUAUUUACCAUCAAUUCAUUGUGUUGUAAUUUUAAAAAAUGUCAAUAAAUAAGAAAACCGAAAAAUGGUUCAUAGA